AUGAACACACCUCUUUCCGAGUUACAAGCCGAUAUUCUAACUUAUAAAGCUAAUUGGCGUAUUAAAAAUAUAAAAAAAUGUAAAUUAGUUUGCGAAAACAUCACCAAAAAUCUAGAGUCUAAAAAUUUCAAAUUAAUAGAUAUUAUUCUAGCAUUACAAUCCGAUUUAACAGCCUCCGAUGAUUUGGACCAAGGUAAUUCCAAAAGAGAGUGUGCCCUUCAAUUCUUGUGCGAUACUUUGGAAAUUAUUCCCAAAGAAUUAUUACUGAAAAAUGAUGUCGAUGUUAUUUUUCAAUACUAUUCAAAUAAGUUUACCACAGAUUCAUCAGUUUUGAAGCAAACUAUGAAAGGUAUCAAUUCUCUAGUCAAUAUGAAAUGGUUUUUCAAAGAAAAUGUUGUAUCACUAUUAAAAUGUUUGGAUGUCGACAACUACACGCCAACAAACCAUGUUGCCUCAAUAAGGUAUUUUGCAUUUGCUAUACUACAGACUUGCUUUGAUAAUUUUAAAGAAAAAAUACUGGCUUCCAAGGAAUUAGAAACAGAUUUUAUAGAAGCGUUUUUAAAUGUUAGUAAUGGUGAAAAGGAUCCCAAGAACUUAUUGUUAUCGUUCAAAUUGAAUAAAGAGGUCAGUACUACUUUCCAUAUUUCUAAUGAUGGUAAAGUUACACAGGAUUUGUUUGACACCUUAUUUUGCUAUUUCCCCAUUACUUUUAAGCCACCUAAGAACGAUCCAUAUAAAAUUACCAACCAAGACUUGAAAUUAGCCUUAAGAGACGCUAUUUCUGCAUGUAGUGCGUUUGGCAACGAUGCUUUUAGCAAUUUACUUGACAAAAUGACCGCUUCUUCUCCAUCCGUCAAAAAUGACACCUUACUAACGUUACAAAAAUGUAUUGAUAACUAUGCCCCUACCACUACCGUAAAAUACUGGUUACAAAUUUGGAAUGCCCUAAAGUUUGAAAUUAUUCACAAUAAUAAUGAUGAAAAAGAUGAUAGUGAUGGAUUUAAUAACUAUCAGGAUGCCCUAGGAGUUAUUCAAUCUUUAAGUGGUAAAUUAUAUGAACUAGGUGAUUUCCCAUUUGACAAAUUUUUAAAGCAGGCUUUUGAUGAUUUGCAACAAAAUUUUGUCCACGAGAAAGACUUGAGGCAAAGCUGUGGUAUUUUAUCCUCUAUUGCUUCGACCAAUGAAGAUUGUUUUAAUAAAGUUUUAAAAAUUAUUUUACCAGUAUUUUUUGAUGACAAUGAAUUAUCCGAUUUAAAUUUGCACUCCCAAAAAUUAUUGAUGUUAAACUUGUCCUUUUUUUUGACAAGUUAUUGCAAUGUUUUUAAAGAUUGUGUUGAAGAUGAAACCACAGUUAAGUCAAAUGAAUUAUUGAAUUAUAAAGACCAAAUAUUCAUACUUUUGAGUAAAGCUUUAACUGGCAGCUCGGAUUCAGAAAUAACUGUUAAAACUUUGGCUAUAGUACAAUUUACUAAAUUAGUGACAAUGCCCUGUUAUUUACUGAAGAAUGAAGUUUUCAUCAUUGUACAAUAUCUAGUCGAUACAUUGUUAUCCGGUGGAGAGCGAGAUCUUAAUAAAAAUUUAUAUCAUUCAUGUUUGGAAGGUUUGAAAAGCAUCAGUGGGAAAUAUGAGGAUAUCGUUCACGAAGUCGCUUUAAAUAGAUUUUUAUUUAUAUUGUCAGACCCACACGUGGUAAACCCAGAAAAAGUCUUAAAAAUUAUUAUAGAUUUUUCCUGUUCAAGACAUAAAUUGGUUAAAGAAAGUGUUAUUGAAUUAUCAAAGAUACUAAAUAAACUUUCUGGAAAAUGUGAUUCUGAAUAUAGUUUUAUUUUAUUGAGUACCAUCUACACGCUAAUCAAUGGUAACAUGGACACGCUAUUUCAAGCCCAAGAAUCUUUGGUUGCAAAUCCUAUUGCUUCCGCAUCUAUUGAAUAUCCCGUUACUUUGAAGGAUGCCAUCUUUGAAAAUUUGUUCGAACUUAUUUUUAUACCAAGUAUAUUGAAUGAAAAUGAUAAUUUAAAUAUUAUUAGUGACAUCUUUUAUUUAAUAUUAUUGAAAUGUCCUAAUCAAUUGGAAGUUUAUGAUACUAUUAUUAAACAUGAAUUUUUGCUUAAAAGACAAGUGUUGCAAACUCCAUCUCGCUUAAUAAUUCCAUUUUUAAAGAUGAUAGCCUCGUUUGAUCUGGUUGCUGUUGAAUUACCCCCCAAUUAUUUAACUGAUGCAAUCAAGUUGGCAACUGUAUCUGUUGAUGAUGAUGAAACUAUUCAAUUGGGCUAUUUAGAGUUAUGUUGUUUACUUGUCAACAAGGGCGUCCCACUUAAUAGAGAUAACUAUGAAGAGUUAGACCUUUCUUUAUUAUUUUGGUUGGCCAAAGGUUUAUCAUUAUUUAAUUCACCUACUGCUAGUUCCAUAAUUAGUUAUCUAAUGAGUAAAUUAUCCGAAGAAAAUAUUGGAUAUGUUGUAGCUCAGUUAUUUGUUAUUUUAGUUUUGGAUAUACCAAUAUUUCAAAAAGUUAAAGGUUGUUCGAAUGUUAAUGUCAAAGCCUUACAUAAACAAAAAAUUUUUUAUAUGACUGUGCCAAAAUUGGUCACUAUGUUUAAAGAAACUGAUAAUUUACAAUUCAAAUUUAAUUAUUUAACUGCAUUAUCAUUUAUCUUGAGAUAUACACCAUUGCAAAUAAAAACAGGAUACAUUGUAGAGUUAUUUCCAUUGUUGGUUCAUGCUUUAGAAAUGAAGAAUGGCGAUGUAAGAGUCUCAUCAUUACAGACUAUAAAAGAUACUUUGGAAACCUCACCCGACCUGUUAUUAACUCAUGUUCAUACCUUGGUUACUGAAAGUUUAAAAUUAAUAGAUCAUAGAGAUGAAUAUAAUACAACAUCAGUAAGAUUACUCUCAUUGUUUUUAUUGAAAUUAUUGGCAACUUCGCUUCCAUUGAAUUAUUUGCAACCUUUCCAAAAAAGUAUAAUAACUGGAUUAAUAAUUGGAUUGGACGAUCCAAAAAGAAAUGUACGUAAAGCCGCAGUUGAUGCAAGACAAGCCUAUUAUGAAUUGGGCCAGGUGUUUGUUUGA